AUGGGUAAACAGCAACGAGAGGACAAUCUCACAAUCCACAUCGUGCGGCGGCGGGCACCUGCGAUUGGCUGGGCCAGUCGGAGCGCGGCGCGUGGCCACCUCCCGAGGUACGAGGUCACGGCGGGCGGCGCGCUCUGGGGCCCUGGGGUGGAGGCCGCAACUGGGGUGGCGGCCGCAGCCAAGCUGGCGGCGCGGCUGCCCCGCUCCAGCUCGAACCCGCGGCUCGCCCGCGCCCGCGCCCACUCGCGACUGGGCCGGGCCCGCUCGACGCUGCCGCCCACCCCGCUGCCCCCGCCGUCCCUGCCGCACCCGCCGUUGCCCGGCCUGCCGCCCGGCCUGAGCUCCGGGCCGCCGCCGCCGCCGCCGCCCUCCGUUCUCGCCCUGGCCGAGCUGCCGCCGCUGCCCGCGCUCCCGCUGCGGCCCGAGCCGCUGGCGCCCUGGGGCGCCGGCGCGCAUCUGGCACUGCCCGAACUGCCGCCCGAAGCCUGCUCACCCGCGCCCCCCGCCGCCGCGCUCGCACUGCAGGACCUGCCGCGCCUGCCUGCGCCAGCGCCGCCGCCCGCGCACCUGCCGCUGCCUCCGCUGCCCGAGGCCGCCGUAGCCGCAUGCCCCGGGCCCGUGGGCGCGUGCGGCCGCCCGCCCCUGGUCUCCGAGCCGCCCCCGCAGCCGCUGCCGCCGCUGCCCGCGCGACCCACUCCCUUCAGCCUACUGGCGCCCCCCGAGACCCGCGACCCAUGGCCGCUGCCCGCCUUUUCCCCGCCCCCGCCGCCGCCGCCGCCGCCGCCGCCCCCGCCGCAUUUCUUCCUGUCGCCGCCCUGCUGACCCGGCCCCUCCCGCGGCGGGUGGCCUGACCUCAGGUAAUCAGGCGAAAAUUCUAUCUCAGUGGGCUUUUCUCCAGCAGCCCAGGACUGGUAUCAGAAAGCCAACCUUGACCCUGGGGGACCUGGGAGAGCCUGGGACCCACCACCAAGAAGGGCAGUGUACUAGUUCUUUGUGACUGCAGUAACAAUUUUAUUUUUAAAUUUUUUUUAUUUUUAGUAGAGACGCGGUUUCACCGUGUUAGCCAGGAUGAUCUUGAUCUCCUGACCUCGUGAUCCUCCCGCCUCAGCCUCCCAAAGUGCUGGGAUUACAGGGGUGAGCCACCGCGCCUGGCCUGAACCGCAGUAACAAAUUUAUACACACUGUGUGGCUUCAAACAACACAAAUGUAUUCUUUACAGUUCUGGAGGCCAAAAGUCAAAAAUAAAGGUGUGGGCAGGACCUUGUUCCCUGCGCAGGUGCCAGGGGAGGAUCCCUCCUGCCUCUUCCAGCUCCUGGUGGCUCCAGGCCCUCCGUGGCUUAUGGCUGCAUCACAGGAGUUCCUGCCUCCAUCUUCACGUGGCCUUCUCCCCAUGUCUGUCUCCAGUCUCCCUGUUUUUAUGUUGUAAGAGGUUGGAUUGUCGUUGAAUGUAGGACCCGCCUGAAAUCUAGGAUAAUCUCAUUUUGAUAUCCUUAGUUUAAUUACAUGUGCAAAGGCCCUUUUAUCAAGUGAGGUCACAUUCACAGAUUCCAGGGCUUAGAGGGUGGAGGUAUCAUUUUGUGUGCCCCCAUCCGGACAUGCAGUGUCCUCUCCCCUUUGGGGCUGACCUACCUUCCUAGCUGUCUUCCCAGAACGUAAUGUGUCUUAAAUCCGUCUUGCUGACCUGGAGCCCGGGGUGCCCUUGGGCAGGAGCUGAUGGCACUAGUACCUUGAUAAAGUUCUUACUGGCACCGGAAGAGAAUAAAGUGACUCUCCUUCCCCUUCUCUGA